AUGGCCGCAGGGGUGCGGGCAGAUGCUCCCUCUCGCCUUUCUCUGAGCUCAGCCGCGCCGAGACCCCCGCGCGGGGCAGGCGGCCGCUCACGCCGCUGCUCAGGAGGAGACCGGCAGCCGAAGCGGCUCGCAGCGCGGGUGUGGCCGCGGGAGAGGCGCCCAAACCGGUUCCACAGAAACCGCGCCAGCCGGCUGCUCCGGCCUCCUCCACCCCGGCUCCCCACGGCGGCCCACGCCGUGGAGACGCCAGGCUGGAAAGCCCCGGAGGCCGCGGGCCCCCAGCCUGGAAGUUAUGAGAUCCGACACUAUGGACCAGCCAAGUGGGUCAGCACUUCCGUUGAGUCUAUGGACUGGGAUUCAGCCGUCCAGACUGGCUUUACAAAACUGAACAGCUACCUUCAAGGCAAAAACGAGAAAGAGAUGAAAAUAAAGAUGACAGCUCCAGUGACAAGCUAUGUGGAGCCCGGUUCGAGUCCUUUUAGUGAAUCUACCAUUACCAUUUCCCUGUAUAUCCCCUCUGAACAGCAAUCUGAUCCGCCCAGGCCUUCAGAGUCAGAUGUCUUCAUUGAAGAUAGAGCCGAAAUGACUGUGUUUGUACGGUCUUUCGAUGGAUUCUCUAGUGCCCAAAAGAAUCAAGAACAACUUUUGACAUUAGCAAGCAUUUUGAGAGAAGAAGGAAAAGUUUUCGAUGAAAAGGUUUUCUACACCGCAGGCUACAGCAGUCCUUUUAAAUUGCUUGAUAGAAAUAAUGAAGUGUGGUUGAUUCAGAAAAAUGAACCCUCCAAAGAAAAUGAAUGAGAAAAUGAAAGAAGUUCCAUUGCCAAGGGCAAAAUUUCUGUUUAAUAUAGACAUCAACACUACCUAUAGGUAACAUGUAUGUCUAGUGCCUUCUAGAGAGCACUGCUGUGGGUUGAGCUUAUUUCCAGUGUGCCUUUUUAAUGCUUGAAGCUUUAUCUGGAUACACAGACAAUAGGGGACAGCAGUCUAUAAACAUGUAAAUUAGUCAUAACCAUGGUAGUCUUUAUUUCUGUGAGGAUCAAGGGAAGUCAUGUGACUUCUGUCUUCUUCAGUGCAUUGCAAUCAUGUUGCCUUAUUCUGCCUGGAUUUGUGUCAGUUGGAUAUUAUCACCUCCAGAUAUUAUCAAUAAAAAUAUUAAAAGAUUUA